AUGGCUAGUGAGGAACAGGAAGACGAUGAGGGUAAGACGGAUGAUUUGGAAUUGGGUACCGUGCGACACAAAUAUACCAGUGCCUAUGUCACUUACUGUCGUUGUAAUACACGACUCCGUGAGCUUAUCGAAGAGCUCUCUGCCCCAAUUCAGGCUCCUAGAUCGGAGACGACGUCAGGUUUUGGUUUCAAGCUGCCGCCAUGUGAAAUUCCCAUUUUCGAUGGUAAUUACUCAUCGUGGCCCACUUUCCGGGAUAUAUUCGAGGCAGUUUGUAUUAGAAAUCCAAGGUUGAGUUCAGUGGAGAGACUUUUUCACUUGAGCCAGAAGACGAGGGGUGAAGCGAACGACAUUGUGGGUAAAGUGCCUCUGACGAAUGAGAAUUUCAAGGUGGCAUGGGCAAACCUCUGUUCGCGAUACGAGAACAGGAGGGUCCUAAUAAAUAUUCAGUUGAAGAGACUUUUCGGACUUACUGUCAUUACGGAUGAAACGGCAGUGGCACUCAAGGCUUUGCAGAGGGAUAUUAAUUCUUGCAUCGAAUUGUUGAGACUCUACGAGGUAGAGGUGGAGGAGUGGGAUGCAAUAUUCAUUUUCAUAUGUUCCAAUUGCUUACCUAACUCGACACUUACAUUGUGGGAGCAGACCUUAUGUGAUAAGACCAUAAUUCCGAAGUGGUCAAAAUUGGAUAAGUUUCUGACGGACCGACAUAGGACACUUGAAUCCGUGUCUGAGAUAAGGCGACAAUCUGAUUCGGUUGCUUCUACUUCUAGGCAGAAUCAGAGAGGGCCUUCAAGGCCCACUGGGGUGCGAAAUGGUGGUAAUGUCUGUGCAUUUCAAACUAAGGUCGGUACUGGCAAAUGUCAUCUUUGCCCCAAAGAGUCCCACGUCAUUCGCAAAUGUCCGAAGUUCUUGCAGAUGUCUCAGAGUCAGAGAUACGAUGCGAUAAAGAAAAAUAAUUUAUGCAUAAAUUGUUUUUCGAAGGUCCAUACCCUUAGAAAUUGCACUAGCAAAUUCUCCUGCUACAAGUGCAAUAAGAAGCACAACACACUCCUCCAUAAGGAGGGUUUGCCUUCGAAUUCAUCCACACAUAGUUCAACCCCACCUCCAAGUCCUAGUAACUCAUCCCAGCCAGGCACUUCGAAUUCAAUACAGUCCACUGAAUCUUCUUCAGGUAAUAUCAUCCAGUCAUGUUUUUCAUCGAAUUCUAGGGGUGUUUUAUUGGGCACGGCCCUGGUUACUGUAUGCCAUGGGGGUCUGGAGUUCGCCGCGAGGGCUUUGGUCGAUUCGGGUUCUGAGGGCACUCUCAUAUCCGAGAGACUUUUUAAUGUUAUGGGACUUCCGUUCAGGCGCACAAGUGCCCAGAUUUCUGGCUUGAAUAACUCCAUUUCAGCGUCUGUGCGAAAAGAAUGUACGUUUACUCUACGUUCUACUUUAAACGGUGAGUUCGAGCUAUCGGCGUCGGCUUUGGUAGUGCCCCACCUAGCGGGUGGUCUACCAUCAAGGACUUUGGAUCCGGGACUACUUUCUUCCCUUCCUGAUAUUCCUCUUGCAGACCCAUAUUUCUUCCGGAGUUCUAAGGUGGACUUGUUAUUGGGUGGAGAUCUGCUUCCUUCGAUAAUGCUAUCAGGAAUUCGGAGUCCGGUUUGUGGCUCCUUGAUGGCACAGGAGACAGUGUUUGGCUGGAUUCUCACAGGUCCGGUACCUGUCCAGUCAACGGGCUCCUUUUCCACUAUUGUUUCGUAUUUCUGUGAAAUCUCUUUAGAUAAAGAGAUUUCACGUUUUUGGGAGGUGGAGGAACUUCCCCGGAGGAGAUUCUUGUCUCCCUCGGAUCAAUUUUGUGAGGAUCUAUUCCUUCGUACCACCACACGUUCUGACGAUGGUCGAUACGUGGUUUCUCUUCCCUUUAAGGAGGAAUUUCCGAGUAAGGUCCACAUUGGGGAAUCCAGAAAUGGUUCCAUGGCACAAUUUUAUAAGAAUGAAGCCCGGCUUCUUCGAACUCCCGAGUUCAAGGCGGAAUAUGACGAUGUCCUUGAAGAAUAUGUUCGCCUUGAUCAUAUGAGGAUGGUUCCCCCUCCCUGUUCUAGGGAUUCCACAAGGUUUUAUUAUCUUCCCCACCAUGCGGUUAUAAAACCAGAAAGUACGACUACGAAGGUGAGAGUCGUAUUUAAUGCUUCAUCCUCCACUUCCAAUGGGACGAGUCUUAAUGACGUUCUAUAUCCGGGGCCGGUUCUACAGAAGGAUCUUACUAUCCUGAUUUUGAAAUGGAGAUUUUUUCAAUUUGUAUUCAAUGGCGACAUCUUGAAGAUGUAUCGCCAGAUUCUUGUGAAUCCAUCGCACGCUUCAUUUCAACGUAUUCUUUUCCGGAGAAGUCCAGAUCUACCUAUCCAGGAUUAUGAGCUUAGGACAGUUACAUUCGGUGUUAACUGUGCCCCUUAUUUGGCAAUCCGAACGCUUCUGCAAUUAGCAGAAGACGUUCAAUCCAUUUAUCCUCUCGCAAGCGAUAUACUUCGCAAUUCAAUGUACGUGGAUGAUGCUUUGGUAGGAGCACAUUCGGUUUCAGAUGCUAUUGGCGCACGGCUUCAGCUUGUUCAGGCUUUGAAAUCAGCAGGUUUUCAGAUGCGAAAGUGGACCUCGAAUUCCAGAGACAUUUUAUCCGACAUUCCUUCCGAGGAUCUACUACGCGAUGAUUUCCUUCAGUUUGAUGAUCGGAGCACCGCCAAGACGUUGGGCAUUCGCUGGAAUGCGAUGUCUGACUGUUUUUACUUUUCCAUACAGCCAUUUCCGGCUACAAAUGCCUUUUCUAAACGCGAGGUUCUAUCCCAAAUCUCCAAACUUUUCGACCCAGCAGGAUGGCUUUCGCCAUGCAUUAUUAUUGCAAAAAUAAUUAUGCAACAAAUCUGGAUGGAAAAGACUGACUGGGACGAAAUUAUUUCUCCAUCGACUCUGUCCCAAUGGAGGUUGUUUCUGGACAAUUAUCUGUUAAUCAACCAGAUAAGAGUUCCUCGGUGGUUCCAAUAUAUUCCGAAUUCUAAGAUCCAAUUCCAUGGGUUCUGCGAUGCCUCUGAAAAGGCAUAUGCAGCUGUUCUUUACGUUCGUAUUGAGGUGAACGAUUCCAUUGCCACCAAUCUGGUGUUAUCCAAGACCAGAGUUGCGCCAAUCAAAACCCUUUCUAUCCCACGCUUAGAAUUGUGUGGUGCAGCAUUACUCGCCGAUAUGAUUGACGGCAUUAUACCCCAGUUGAAUGUCGAUUCGUAUUCUAUAUACUGUUGGACGGACUCCACAAUCGUGCUUUCGUGGCUGUCCAAACCUCCAUGCUAUUGGGCGACGUUUGUGGCCAAUCGGGUAUCCAAAAUCGUCGAGGUUAUUAGUCCUUCCAAUUGGAGUCAUGUGACCUCCGAAUGUAACCCAGCCGAUUUGGCAAGCAGGGGUGUAUAUCCUAGGGAUCUGCUUGAAAGCCGAUUAUGGUGGAAGGGGCCGCAGUGGCUGAUGGAAUCAUGCGAUUCAUGGCCCGUGACGGGCCAUGUGCCCUCAGAGAUUAUUGAGAUCGAGAGGAAAUCUCUGAAGGUUAAUUUUACCUAUUUUAACCACUUUGAGGAUAUUCUAGACAGAUUUUCUUCUUUCUCUAGAGCCUUACGAGUCGUGUCAUACAUAUACCGUUUUUAUUUUAGGACACACUCGAAGUACCGCUCAGAUUUUCGUGCUGAUUCCAGAGUUUUAUCAAAUUCCGAGGUAACAAUGACUCGGGACCGAUUGAUUGCCAUGAGUCAGAAGGCAUUCUAUCCAAGGGAAUACUUGUCCUUGUCAUUAAAAAAUCCCAUUUUGAAAUCAAGUUCGCUUUUGAAUUUAAAUCCAUUUUGCGAUUCUGAAGGUGUUUUACGGAUUUGUGGUCGGCUUACUUCUUCUCCAUUCUUAACGUAUAAUGAAAGACAUCCGGUUAUACUGCCAUAUAAUUGUCAAUUCUCCCGUCUAUUGGUUCGUUUUGUCCACGAAAUUUCCCUCCAUGGCGGCAAUCAACUGGUUCUAAGGUUGAUCCGUAUGCAGUAUUGGAUUCCAAAAGUUAAGAACUUGAUAAAGACGGUUAUAAACAAAUGUAAGCCUUGUAUCCUCUAUAGGCGUAGAUGUCAGACCCAACUCAUGUCAGCUCUCCCUCCAGAGAGAGCUGAAAUUUCACGUCCAUUUGUUCACACAGGCCUGGACUUUGCCGGACCAUUCGACAUUAAAUAUUAUGGAGGAAGAGGUUGCCGCAUGACCAAGGGUUAUGUAUGUGUGUUUGUCUGCUUUUCCACCAAGGCAAUACACCUUGAAGCCACUUCAGACCUCUCCACAUCUGCCUUUCUAGCUGCCUUCAGUCGUUUCAUUGCUCGUAGGGGAUGUCCCUUACACAUUCAUUCUGAUAACGGCACAACGUUUGUUGGCGCCUCGAGAUCCUUGGCUAAGGAAUUUAUCCGAUCUUCCCAAGAAGCAAUCCUAUCGGGCUAUGCCCACCAGAAUAUAUCCUGGCAUUUUAUUCCACCUGGGGCCCCCCAUAUGGGAGGCCUUUGGGAAGCUGGAGUAAAAAGUUUUAAACUUCACUUCCGGAAAGUUGCUGGAAACGUAAAAUACACUUUCGAGGAAUUCCAAACGCUUUUGUCCAAAAUAGAAUCUUGCCUCAAUUCUCGUCCACUGUCGCCUAUGUCCCAAAGUCCAUCCGACUUUGACGCUCUUACGCCAGGACACUUUCUUAUAGGUUCGCCCAUUUUGGCACCUAUAGAUCCGAAUGUUCGUGAAGCUCCUAUGUCUUUGCUAAAUCGUUGGCAGAGACUCCAAUCAAUUCAUCAGCACUUUUGUGCCCGAUGGAAAGAUGAGUAUUUAAAAGAGCUUCAUAAACGCCACAAGUGGCAACGGCCGACAGAGAAUUUAGAAGAAAACAUGUUGGUAGUCGUAAGAGACGAAAACACACCGCCAAACACUUGGCGUCUAGGCAGGAUUUCGAAGAUAUAUUUUGGUAGCGAUCGUAGAGUCCGCGUUGCCGAUGUAGUCACUGAAAAGGGCGUUAUUACAAGACCGAUUACAAAAUUGGUUAUCCUUCCAUCGGAAAGCACUUAA